UCCGCCCUUGUUAGCGCUAGUGCUGUCGUCAGGGGGUGGAAGGGAGACAGAAGACAGUGACAGACUGACAGUAGUGUUAAAGUUAUUCUAGAACCCCUUAUCUCUACACCCUUCCUUGCUUGAAACCACUUGAUUAGCGAAAAAUGACUUUACCGCAAUUUAAUGCGAAUUCCCUUGGCAGUAGAGCAUUCUAUGCUUACCCAGACCAUUUCUGGUACGACUUGCAGUGCUAAUAAUACUUAAAGAUGGGAACCCCACCUGAGUGCAUUUAACCAUUUGUGAGAUGCCUUGUGUAGCUUACUGAUUGACUGUUUUAUUAGUCAGGAGUGUAUAGGACCAUUAUUUAUCAAAAGCUCAAUGAACUUACGAUUACUUACAAUGAAUACAGCUGGGUCCAGUUUUGAACUAUAAAAAAUGUUCACAGUCAUCCCCGAAAUAACAUGAACUAAAAAUGUACUACAGACAAAGGGAGACAAGUUUGUGAUACACCAAUGGGAGAGACAACAAGAGGGGAGGGGGGAGACAUCCCCACCAUUUUCAACCCCCAUAGAGUGCGAGCCCCACCUAACUUGGUGGUUACAAACGAGGCUCCUAGAGGAAGUGUCCCGAAUGGUCCUUACGGUCGAACUUCUCACACAACUCUUCACUCUGACACAGAAAGCCAAUCAGAACAGCCUCAACCUGUGAAUAACCGAGGGUUAUGCUCACAGCUUCGGUCUUGCAAAAACUCUUGUUGCAGCAAAUCUGCAAAAAAGAUAUACUAUGGAGUGUGUGUCACAGUCUGUGUAACAGCAUCUUGGGUUGGAGCCACUCAUGCUAUCAAGUACCUUUACUUCCAGCGUUCUUACCCCAUCUCUGCCAACUCCUCCAGCAUACAUCAGCAGCCUAUGAUGAUUUAUGACGCCCCUUUUUUCACCACAUGGUUUUGCACCAACUGGACAGUUCUGUUCUUUCCCCUCUACAUGCUGUGCCAUUUGGCCACCAAUCGAUGCAAGGGAGGAGAUGUCUUGGCUGAGAGUGUACGCAACUUCCGUGAGAAAGGAUUUACCGCUGGUCGGUUUCUGACAAGAUGCAGUUUCUUCUGCUUGCUAUGGGUGGCCACCAACUACAUGUAUAUACGCUCUCUGCGCAUAUUACUGGCUACCGACGUCAUGGCUUUGUUUGCUACCAAUGUUUCCUGUGUCUACCUCCUUUCUUGGGUCAUUCUUCAUGAACAGUUUGUAGGAGUCAGGAUAGUUGCUGUGAUCUUGUGUGACACAGGGGUUGCAUUACUGGCCUACAUGGAUGGCAUCACUGGCAGUCCGACACUCAGUGGGGUUGUGUUAGCAGCAUCUGCAGCUGCCUGCUCCGCAGUUUACAAGGUACUGUUCAAGAAAGUCAUCGGCGACGCCAGCUAUGGACAGGUGUCAUUGUUUUUCUCCAUCAUCGGUCUGCUGAACGCUUCCCUUCUGUGGCCUUUGUGUCUUACCCUAUACUUCACAGGGAUGGAGACCCUCUAUUGGGACCGACUUCCCUGGCCUGCUCUACUGGCUGCUAGCAUUCUAUCUCUGGUGGCAAAUCUUCUGGGCAACUUCAGUGUGGCUGUGACUUAUGACCUGUUCAUCACCUUGGGGCUUAUCACUGCUGUGCCUGUAUCUGCUGCACUGGAUGUAGUCCUUUAUGGCGCUCACUUCUAUGGAAUGAAGCUGGCCGGGAUGGUUCUCAUAUCCAUUGGCUUCUUUCUAGUUAUGUUCCCCGAAAAUUGGCCAGACUAUAUAACUCGACUUCUCAGAAAUAUCAUUCUAUUGAGCCAUAGUGCGAGGUGGAGUCGACGACAUAGACAUGGAGCCCAAGCUAACCAGCAACGACCGGUCAUAGAUUACCGGACCGGUUACAUCCGGUCACACUUGCGCUCUCCAUCCGGCCGUGUCAGAUGACCGGAUCCAGGACCGGAUUAUCCAUUACAACUGUAGCUACCAAAACUUAGUGUUUUUCUCAUUUGGAUUAAGCUUGGUUAUUGAAAGUUUUCCUAUCUUUGAGCAAUUUUUAAAAUGUUGUGAGUUUUACAGUGUAUCUAUGAAAAUAUUUUCACACCUGGAUUAACUCAACUCAUAUUUUGUUUUUUAUACCCCAAAGGUUAAGGAAGAUAUUUUUUAUCUCGAAUACUCUAUUCAGCUAACUUAACAAACAAUAACCACUACACUUAUCACUAAUCGAUAAAUUUUAGUUGGUACCAACUAUCUACCAGUACAAGGGGCAUUUAUACCCUCUAAGGAGGUUUUAAUUUUAAGAUAAUUCCACAUUUAUUUAUAAUUUUAUGAUUAAAAAAAUAACUGGUUUCUCCUUCUUGCAAUUUUUGGGGAUUUUGUAGUAACUCGAAGUUCUAGAGUUCCUGAAUGCUUCACAUGGGAGUAGGUAACAAAGUGAAUCCUUGAAAUCCAGACACACCACCCUAAUCACAACACACAGUAACAAAAAUCAAUGUUUUGUUUAUAUCUAUCUUUGCAAUUAAAUUAAGGUAAAAAAAAGUUUAUCAAACUUUAUUUUACAUUUUUAUUCUUUCUUAUUAUUAGUAUUUUUUUCCUACAAUACAAUUUUUACUCUCAUGGUAUUUUCUGUGUUUUCAAUUAUGUUAAUACUUUGAUGUAUUUGCAUGUCUUAUUUCCAAUUUUAGGAGGAAUUAAAGAAAGCACUUUAUAAUACUAAUAUACAUAACAUUAGAGAAACUUGCUCUAAAGAUUCUGGCCAUUCAACAACCUGAUAGUGCUUUAUUUGGUAUAUUUAUUGUGUUUAAAAAUAUAAAUCAUAACAACAUUUAUUUAAAGCUCAGGAUUUUAAUACCCAACUAUUGCAUUGUGUGAGCAAAAACAUUCUUUGAUUGCACACAGUUUAUCUUGUUUGCAUUAAUAAAAAGUAGUGAUGUUUGAUAUGGUUAUCUUCACAGAAAUCUGAUUUAAAAACCCAGAAGAUUUUUUUCAUAGAUCAGGAAUCAUAACAAACAUAUUGUUAUGAUAUGAUGGAAUUUGGUUUUGCCAAUACGGUACCUAAUUUUUUGUAUUUAUGAAUUACCCUAUAAUAAAUUACCUAAUAUAUGUUUAUUAGGUAAUAUAAAUUACCUAAUAAACAUAGAUGUGUAUUAAUUUUCUCUUGACUAACACUUAUAUCAAAGAACGCACUGUCAGCUUAAGGUUUGAGGUUUAUUCAUUUAUUUAAUAUUCAUUGUGAAGUUAUUGAGUAAAAUGACAUAUAAUCCUAUGUAUGUAAAGUCUCUUCUAAUUUCAAGUAGGCUGGUUAAGUGCACAUACCACAAUAAUCCAGGUAUUUGGGUAAUUUCAGGUAUAGGUAUCGUAUGAACAUAAUUUAUUAUAUUUUACUUCAUUCAAUAUUUAUUUUUGAAUCUCACUUCAAUAAAAGAAAUCUCAUCUAUAUAAGCAUUUAAUCAAUUCUGGGUCAAAUCAAUAUUUUUAUUUUUAAUCGGACAUUUAUUAAAGUUUAACCCUCCAGUACACGCGCGGCUAAUAGUAACACCAGUAAGGACGUGUUACUGGAAAUGCUCUUUUAUAAACCUAAUAAAAUUCAUAGAGCAUCAACAUUUCAAAUAGUCCAAAAUAGGUCAAUAUUUGUGGAUAAAUUUCAAAAUAAUUACAAAUAUUUCAAAUUGAAAAUGUCCUGUUGAAAACCAAUCAGUCAAUCACUGGCCUGUUCUUAAUCCUCUUGAAACAUAACAUGCCUAACUUUACACCCUCGUAGCUCAAGGCCAACUGACGCUCCUUGGAAAGGUAGUGGGAGAAGGUAGGUGGCGUGUCAUGUCAUUCGCUCGCGGAUUCACUUAUUUCGGCGUGAUUUUUCUAAUGUGCAGACUCUUAAGUCCACAGCUCGUGUACUGUAGUGUUACACAUUCUAAAGUGAAAAUAGAAUCUUCUAACUAAAAACUACCAGGUUAAAAAUGUACUCAUCAAAACAAUAUAUAAAACCGUCGAUGAAUUUAACAAAAUUAAUGAAUAUUAUAGUUUAACGAGCCUUUGGAAGACGCUAAACAUUUAGUAUUUUACAUCCAACUCAAAUAACCAUUCAAAAGAUGUUGUUUAUAAUCCAAGAUGUAUUUAAUUGAACUUGAUAAAAAUAUACAACUGGCUCUUAGGCUAAAUACAUCCGAAAGGUGGAACCACAUUUUUGUAACCUUAAAUUUGACAUGUUAUAAAAUAUAAUAUUGUCAAUACAGUUUUAUUUUAAUAAUAAUUUUUUUAUAAACAAACUAUAUAAUCGACAGUCUAUAACAUUGAUUGUAUUUGGAGAUUUGUUUUUGGUUUAUAUCAAAUUACAAAACAAAUCAAAAACUUGUCUUGUAUAAAUUUUUCAGUAAACAUUUAAAUAAAUGUUACUGUUGUAUCUUUAAAAUUGUCAACCAAACACAUGGAACUCUCUUCAAACAAAAACUGAAACCAUCCCUUGUACAAUGUAAAUAGUCAUAUUGUACAGUAUCUUGUAUGUUUGGUUGUUGUUAUAUUUGUUGUUCGAUGUCUAAAACUCACUCGUUAUUCAAAAUCUAAACUUGUGCGCCAAAGCCAACUUUGUAUAAAAUAAGGAACAUACACAUACAAAGAUCAAUUCUAAUCUCCUCAGCAAAACACUUCUUCCCUUUGAAUUUGGAAAUAAUUAGGGUACUAUUGUUACACUUGAUUAAAGUAUAUCUAAAAAGUUGGGGAAAUGAUUAAAGUAAAUACAUUUUAUAAAAUAUUCAUCUUUUUUAUUCAAUUUGUAUGUCGAAU